AGCCUUAUAGGCUCCGGGCCCGAGGAGGCAGGGCGGGGCCUCCUAUAGGCGGGCGCUGUGCAAGGCGUCCGCGCACCGGCCGGGCGCAUGGCAGCGCAGAGGUGUGGUGCCUCGCUUGUUUGAGCGGUGGGCGCUCGAGGGGCUGCGGGAUGGGCAGCUUGGAUCUCAAGGAAGACCCCAUCGUCUUGCUGAGGCACUUCAACGUGGCGGGCAAGAAGGUCAAGUUCCAGGAUGACUACCUCCUCUUCGACGGCCAGAAGGUCCACCGCGGCUCCAAGUGCGGCUACCGGAUCGCGGAUGGCAUGCCGAAGAUGGACGUCGGAUCCGUGUGGUACAUGCUCCGAGAGAUCUCCGGCGACAGGCCAUACACCCUGGAGACCACACGGAAGCGUGGCUUCCAGUACAUCGGCGUGGCGAACCGCGGGGACCUCUGCGACUACCUGGUCGGCCGGGAGAGCACGUGCAAGGGCCUCUGCGUGGCCAGGAAGCGCGAGCGCGACGGGGACGGGCCCGAGCCUACGGACGAGGCCCCGGCCACGCUCGAGCCGGCCGUGCCGACCGACCCCAAGGCGGAGGCGGCGCUGAAGGCCAGGCAGAAGCCGCUCAAGUCGGCGAGGACGGACGAGAGAAGAAGGCCCGGGGAGAUCUCCUACGCCGACGUGGAGGCGCGAGUGCGGCCCGUCAAGGAUCUGGACGUGCUGGUCCGCGUCCCGGGCAAGAUCGUGCCGAACGCGGACCUGAUCCUGAGGAUCGCGCAGGAGGAGGUGAGCAACUGGCACAACAGGACCGAGCGCAAACCGGAGGCCGAGGCGGUGCCUCCCACGAUGCUCUCCGAGCUGGAGAAGAUGCUGCGCCAGGAGAAGAAGAACAACCCGAUCAUCCUGGUGCCCUGCAACAAGAACGCGCCGGUGAACCUCCUGACCGCGCAGAAGCUGCUGCAGGCCGGCGAGUACGAGAGCGUAAAGAGGGACAAGGUCCAGUACUUCGAGAGCCUUCGGUCCGAGUCCGUGGACAUCUUGCGGAACGUGCAGGGCCGCAUGUGGACGUUCGAGGUCCGUGACAGCACGAAGGGGUUCACCAAGGGCCACUGGCUGCGCGUGGCUGCGGUGAUCAGCGACGGCUCCGACUGGCAGUUCAAGGGCUGGCCGUUCGAGAGCAUCGUCGACCUCUUCAACACCGUCCGGGGCUUCUACUUCUGCCCGAGGGGCGAGCUCCCCGACCAGCACAUCCUGGACUGGAACGUCCACGUCCUGAAGAUGCCCCCGAAAGAGUUUCAGCACCAGUUUGCCCAGCUUCGGGACAUCUUCUGGAGCGAGGUCGAGGGGUUCUUGAGGUCUCAGCGGCAGAAGAAGUUCUCGAACAGCACCACUCUUGACACGGAUCGCAAGGUCAAGAAGACACCCCCUAUUUUAUAAUGCGCAGGCAAUUUCGGAGCGCGCCGCUUCGAGGGAUCCUUAUGACACCAAUACUGACUCUGCGCCGACGCGCACCCAAAAAAAAGUCUGCCCCUGGCGAGGCCCAGCGCGGGAGGCUCCGACGCUCUGCGUCCCGGCGAUACCUCCGAGGGCCUUGCCCCACGGAG